AUAUAUAUAUAUAUAUAUAUAUAUAUAUAUAUUUCCAUUGCCCCAAACCCUCUCUUGAUGAAUAUCACAGGACCCCAUCAAGAUCCACUUCCACAUCUCUCUACCCCAUGCAUGAAAUCAUUCAAUUGAGUAUCUUUGCCUCUGCAAAAAGAAACUGAACAACCCCUAACCCAUUCUCUCUCUCUCUAUCUCUCGAUGAUGUCUUCGAGUACUCUUCAGGGAAAGCAAGCGGCCAAAGAAGAGAACCAAAGCUCCGGUAACCGGAAAACUGCAGCAUCAAGGCCACAAGAGCAAGCGUUGAAGUGUCCAAGAUGCGACUCACCCAACACAAAAUUUUGCUACUACAACAAUUAUAGUCUAACACAGCCCAGGCAUUUUUGCAAGACUUGUAGAAGGUACUGGACUAAAGGAGGAGCUCUACGCAACGUUCCCAUCGGCGGUGGCUGCAGGAAAAACAAGAAGAUGAAAUCAUCUUCGAGGCUUUCUGGUGACUCCAAGGAUUCUAGUGGGUCCUCAGAGAUCGGUGGAUUUAAGUUCUUUCAUGGUCUUUCUCCAGCCAUGGAUUUUAAUCUAGGUGGGUUAUCAUUUCCUAGGCUAAACCCUUCACCAAGUGGCCUUUAUAAUCAGUUCUCUGCAUUUGGGGAUAUUUCUGCCACCUCUGCAGCUGCUGCUAGUGUUACCAGUCCUUGCUUCAGCCUUGAUCCAUCUGGGAGUUCAGCUGGUUCACUGAUGGGAUUCAAUUAUCCACUUCCUUCAGUUGCAACUGGGUUUAGCGGUGCAAUUCAUCAGGAUGUGGGUGGUGGUUCGAUGAAUGUUCACACUAGUCUUGCAUCUUCAAUUGAGUCUUUGAGCUCUAUAAACCAAGAUUUGCACUGGAAGCUACAGCAGCAGAGAUUAGCUAUGCUUUUUGGGGGAGAAGAUCAGAAAGAUAGCGUUGUUUCUUCAGUUCCUAUCGAAAGCCAAGCACAGAAGCCUCAACCCAUUUUGUUUCAAAACCUUGAAAUUUCAAAACCCGAAAUAAGUGGUGUUGGUAAUUCAAGUAGAGAAGGUGGAAAUGGGGGUGGUGGUGAUACAGCAACAGAGUGGUUCUUUGGGAAUUCUGUCGGGCAAGUGACUCCAACUCCAGCCCAUAGUAACAGCAAUUGCAACGAUAACACAGCAGCUGGGAACUGGAAUGGGGUUCAAGCGUGGGGUGAUUUGCAUCAAUAUAAUGGUUUGCCCUAGACCAGAAGCAUCAUCACGAGGUAGACCCUUAAUGACAAGGGAAAAAAAUUAUAGACAAAUGAAAAUAUUAUCUAAAACCCAUUUUAGUUAUAUGUUUCUUCUUCUUAAUUGCUUUUGUUGGUUGCAGAUCAACUUGUAAAAGUUGGAGAAAAGGAGAAAGUAAUUUUUUGUUUUUGUAUUUUGUUUUAGUAAGAUGCUGAACAAUUAAAAUAGCUUUAGCUCUUGUUGUUGCUAUUGUUGAUGCUGAUGAAGAUUCUAUACAGUCCAUUAUCAUUAAUUAAGUUUUUUUUUUUUUUGUCGAACAUUAUUUAUGUUUAAUUUGCAUACUACCAUAAAGAUGCAGAAUUAUUACUGUUUAUGGCAGCAAUAAAAAGCUAGCAAGCUAUUUCCAGAUGAAAAAUGAAAAGCAGUGAGAAAAAAAUAUUAGCUUUGUCUCUUACUCUCUCUACAUCUCUCUCUGAAUCAAAGAAGAUAUGGAUUGUAUAUACAUGAUUUGGAUGAUAUUGGGAGAUGGAGAUAGCUUCUUUUUUUUUUCUUGAAGAGUUUGAUUCUCUCAAUCUUCUCAAUGUCUUUGGGAUCUGUGAAGGAUUUUGGACUGUUAUUAAACCGGACUUAAAGCCAACAUAUCCUUGAUUUGUUUUAUGUUGAGUCAUUGUCCAGAACUCUCACUGUCACAGUGUGUGUUAGCAUAUCUAUCUCUUUCGAUAUUAUCUCAGGGAACUGAGUCUCAGUCACAGGCUUCCCAGCUACUGAACAAGCAAUUUCAAUCUCUAAAACGCCAAAGUAUCAGUAGCUGGGAAACGUCUUCUCUGCUCUGCUUAGCCCCUCCCCAAGGCCUGCAACGUUAACCCUGAGUCCU